AUGGAGCAGGUAAGAAGUGGCGAUGCUAGUGCGAUGGAGUUUUUUGAACUUGGAGCAGUGAUGUUAAGGAGAAAAUUUUACCCAGCUGCUAUUAAGUACUUGCUUCAGGCUAUUGAAAAAUGGGAUGGAGAUGAUCAGGAUCUUGCCCAAGUUUACAAUGCCCUUGGUGUUAGUUAUGUCCUUGAUGGGAAGGUUGACAAAGGAAUCACUCAGUUUGAGAAUGCUGUGAAACUUCAACCAGGCUAUGUCACUGCAUGGAAUAACCUUGGUGAUGCCUAUGAGAAGAAGAAAGAAAUUAAGUCUGCUCUUAAGGCAUUUGAAGAAGUCCUCCUUUUUGAUCCUAACAACAAACUGGCACGGCCUAGGCGAGAUGCAUUGAAGGAAAAAGUUAAGAUGUACGAAGGUGUUCCUUUAAAAUCAAAGCAGAGAUAAUUUAAUGCAGUUACUGUUAGUUCUUCUGCAAUGUUGAGGUUUUUUUCUACUUUUUAUUCAAAUUCCGUUCUUGCUUUAAGCGACUUUGUCGAAUUUUACGUACCUCAGGAACAUAUUGAGUGUGGUUGUGCAGGGAUUUGGGAUGGCAAUAUGAAACUAGACACAAUAUUUCUGAUGUCAUCAUUGAUUUGUGGGUGCAACUGAAAUUAUUGUAUCUUGUUUUGAAAAUGUCAAAGGAG